GAUCAACUUGCUAUACGCCUUUAACUUUUUGAAGCGUCAGCUUUACUUAAUUUGGGUGCAAGAGCCAUCUUCUUCAAAGCUUCCUCUUCCCUUCUCCAAUGGAGUCAACCAACUCUAACAACGAAGUCGCUCACAAGUUUCGCUUCUUCAAGGCAUACAAAGAUGGUCGUGUCGAAAUAUUCUACAACACCCAAAAAGUCCCACCUUCCACCGACUCCGUCACCGGAGUUCAAUCCAAAGACGUCAUCAUUUCAUCUGAACCCGCCGUUUCUGCCCGUAUCUUCCUACCCAAGAUCCACGACCCGACCCAGAAAUUCCCCGUCCUGUUCUACAUCCACGGCGGCGGGUUCUGCUUCGAGUCGGCUUUCUCUCCUAUAUUUCACAAGCACCUCACCUCCUUAGCCGCGGAAGCCAACGCCAUUGCCGUCUCAGUUGAAUACGGGCUGUUCCCGGAUCGACCCAUACCCGCUUGCUACGACGAUACAUGGGCCGCCCUAAAAUGGGUCCAGUCCCACUCGACCCGGUCCGGACCCGACCCGUGGAUGAACUUGUACGCCGACUUGGACCGGGUGUUCCUAUGCGGCGACAGCGGCGGAGCCAACAUGUGCAACAACCUGGCGGUUCGGGUCGGGUCAGUCGGGUUACCCGGAGUGAAAGUGGCGGGAAUGGUGAUGGUGCAUCCCUUUUUUGGCGGGUUGGCCGUGGACGACGAAAUGUGGCUGUACAUGUGUCCGGAGAACGGAGGGGUGCAGGACAGGAGGCUGAGGCCGCCGGCGGAGGAUCUGGCGAAGCUUGGGUGCGAGAGGGUGUUGAUAUUUUUUGCGGAGAAGGAUCAUCUGAGAGAGGUAGGGCAGUGGUACUGUGAUGAGCUGAAGAAGAGUGAGUGGGGUGGGAGUGUCGAGGUAGUGGAGCAUGAGGAUGAGUUUCAUGAGUUUCACCUUUUGAGUGAACCUGAGGGUGACAACGCUUUGGAUUUGAUCAAGAGGUUUGGUUCUUUCAUCAACCAAAACUAAGGUGGUGGUGUCGUGGUGGUGAUCGAUGGCGGGUUAAGCUCUGCUAGGAAUCCUGGAUCUUCUUCAAGCCUUCAAGGCAACAAGCUGUAAUUCUCAACUAUGUACUGAUUGGCUUGCUAUAUAAUAAAAUUUACUUUCUUAUCUAGCAGUU